UUUUUUAACAGAAUACUUCUUCUCUCUUCAGGGGCCUUUUUUCACCCAACGAGGGGAGGCCACCAGACCGAGGUGCUGCUGAAACCCCUGGCUGAUCCCUCAGGAGCAUGAGUCAUGACCUCAGUGGUGCUGGUCGACACUGGUGGGACAGUGGUGGAGUAUGUCACGGCUGAAGAGGACCCCCAGCAGGAGGCAGAAUGUGAGGCAGAGAUGGAGCUUGAGGGAGAGGUAGAAGGCGAGUGUGAAGCAGAGGCUGCCUAUGAAGAAGUACAGGAAAUAGACGAGGCUGAGGAUUACCCUGCAGUCAUAGUAGAGGAGGUACCUGGAGCCAGCCUGGCCGAGGAGCAUUACUCAGGUCAGGUGGUGGUAUAUCAAGACGAGGCCUACCUGAUGCAGGAAGUGGGCGAUGAGCAGGAAGUGGAGACAGAAGGAGAGGCAGUGGAGGCUUCUGUCCAUGGCACCAGUGUGCACUGCUCUGACAAGACCUUUGAGGCUGCAGAGGCUCUGCUACGAAUGGAUUCACCUUCCAGCCACAGGGAAGACAGAAGUCCAGAAGCAUUUAUUCCACCAUGUAUAGUGACACCAGAUUUUCUCCACGCUGCCAUGCGUCCGGACAUGAUUGCAGAGACGGAGGUAGAGAUAUCAACAGAGGAGUGCUGCGAGGAGGAAGAUGAGGAGAUGGUCACCCUCCUCGAGGAGCCAGACCACGGCCACGAGCCUGUCAGGAAAAGAAGAGCUGGACGGAAACCGAAGACACAUCAGUCAUCUGUUUCCAACGGCUCACCAGACCUCGGCAUCAAAAAGAAACCAAGAGAAGGGAAAGCAGGGAGCACCACCUACCUGUGGGAGUUCCUGCUGGACCUACUUCAGGACAAGAACACCUGUCCCAGGUACAUCAAGUGGACCCAGAGAGAGAAGGGCAUCUUUAAACUGGUCGACUCAAAAGCUGUGUCCAAGCUGUGGGGCAAACACAAGAACAAGCCUGACAUGAACUAUGAGACUAUGGGGAGGGCGCUCAGAUAUUACUACCAGCGUGGCAUCCUGGCCAAGGUAGAGGGCCAGCGGCUGGUUUACCAGUUCAAAGAGAUGCCCAAAAACAUCGUCAUCAUCGACGACGAUAAGGCAGACCUGCCCACCCCCGACGAUCUGAUCACUUCAGAGACUACUGCGUCCUUUGAGCGUGUGAUGCCCUCACCAGACAUGCUAAUGUCCUCCAAGAAGCCCAACAUCCUGCGAGGUGGGAACAGGGCCAACGUGGUCCAAGCUUCUGUCGCCACAGUCGGCAAGACAGCAGCAGGGGGCGGUGCAGCGGUGGCAGCAGGGGUACAAAGGAUUGUGACUGUUUCAGCAGCAUCUGAUGGGGGUCAGACUCAGCAGUCUCAAACAGCUAUCAUUAGUAACGCCUCUGGGCCUAGGACUGUGCGGGUAGCUAUGCAGGUGCCCGUAGUCAUGACAACAUCACUGGGUCAGAAGAUUUCCACUGUUGCUGUUCAGCAACCUGCAGGAACAACAGGGGCUGCUGGACACACCGCCCUCCUCACCAACACUUCUGCUCUCGGUGCUGCUGGUAACCCAAACUCCCAACAGAAGGUUGUGAUCCAGACUAUCCCCACCAUGGUUCCAGCCACAGCAGAGAAUGGAGACAAGAUCACCGUCCAGUUGGCAAAGAUCAUCACGAUUCCCGCCCACCAGUUAGCUCAUUGUCAGCUCCAGACAGGCACAAACAAAACCGGUUCCCAGGGCGGCAUCAGCCUCCUCGGGGGCCCUCUCACAGUCCGGACCCUGGCGCCUUUCAACGUCGCCCCCGGAGCACAAGUGAUGAGACUCACUGUGCCGACUCAGACGCAUCCACAGACUCUGGUGGUGUCACAGCCAGGCAGCGGGGCCGGGGUGGUGACCGUAUCAACAGCCAAUCAGACGGCAACAACACAGCAUCGGAUCAUAAGCGGAGUGAUUAACGGUUCGGAGCUGGUUCUAGGAUCAGCAGCAGCCGGAGGAGUCGUAGUGGAAAAAUUGAAGGUCCAAGCUGUGCAGGUGCCGGUGAAUAUGGCGGUCCAGCAGAACCAGUCAAACCAAAAAACUGUCCAGAAUGUCAAGUCAGAGGUCAUGGACGCUGAGGUGGUUAUCAAACUGGAAACACCUGAUGUGUGAAGAGAGACGAGACAGAGUGUUGAGCACACUCGAUCUUCAUUAACCUGCUCCUUGUCUGCCAGAGACGGUUAGUUUGUGCAUGUCAAAGGUCUUUUUUUUUCACUCUUUAAUUACCAGCAACGUCUGUGAGACUUUAAAGAUUCCCGAAGGCCUGUUUUUAGUCCUGAACCUUCCUCACAUCUUCCCUGAUGCUGCCUAAAACUGAACUGAAACGGUCUCCCUCAGGACCACACUGACACCUGAGUGUCAGAGGGGUUCAAACUAUGCUGUGCAACAAAUGAAUACAGACUAAAAAAAGGGACUUUUUGGGAAAGGGACCAACCUCGAUCACUACAUAUGCCUUCUGAAUGGAUUGCUGUCACUGACUCAAAUUUGGAAAAAAAAGGAAAGUAUCUUGAAAAUACAAAAAAAAAAGCUGAAACACUACAAAAGGAGGCGAAUAAUUACAACUGACAAUGUGAACUAUGAUUAAAGACAGUGGGGUGUGCGAUAACGCUUUUGUAGAAACCAUUUGUUAAUGACUUUGCCUCCACUGAUGUUAAAACCAGCAACUUUUUUUUUUUUUACGUAUCACUGUGUAGCUCAAGUGUGUGAGGUGCUACAUGAGUCCUGAAAGAGAGAGAGGAAAACAGAGAGAGUGAAGCUAAGAGAGGCUCUUGGUAAGGAACGAUAUGGGACAGAAAGUGGUUAUGUAUGUACAUAUAUACAUAAAUAUAUAUAUUAUCUACUAUACAGUUUAUGGAGCUCAAGUUUAACAGCCUUAGAUUUCAUUUUGACUUUCUUUUUCUUUGUAUUGUCUGAACAGUUAAGAAUUUUGUUUUGUGUUUUGAUACGUUGUACCAAGCACAGUAUUAUUAACAUAGGGGAACUAAUAUUUCUACUAUUUUUAGUUCCUCGGUCUCUGUUGGGCUGUUAAGCGCCCAUGUAGACUGAAUCUAACAGGAAACACUGCAGCACAUUGUUCUCCAGUGGAAAAUGUCUUUUUGAAUUUCAAAUUGAUUUCACAAAUGUAUCUCGACUUUUUCUUAAUUCUUUUAAUUCUGGAUUCUUUAAAAAGUUCUGCAAAUGAAAAAGGAAUGUAUGUGGACUCAGAUUGAAAUGAAGCGAUUAUUCUAAAUGUUAAAAGAGAGGCAUAGUAAGUCAAAGGUUUAUGCAAAAUGUCUGUGAGAAAUCUCAAACCACUGGAGUCCAGGUCACUUUACUGUAAACAGAGGGUCAAUAUGCCAACAUUACACUUUGUCACUUAUAUUAGGCCCCUUUAUUCAUUUUUAUCGAUAUAAAAAAGAGGGAAGAUGUUGUAGAGCUGUGUUCAGACUGAACUGUUUGUAUAUUCAACAUUUGAAGUAUAUUCUAUUUUGCUGUACUCUUGUUUCAAAGUGUAUUAGAUUUUACUGAAAUAUAAAAAAAACAUUUGAAACCUG